AUGACAACGCAGGUUCUUGCAAAGUCCAUCAAGACAGCGCUAUUCCCCAAUGGAGGCUGGGACACUCACCACCACAUCUUUGAGCCCACCACCUUCUCAUACAGCCCAACCCGUCAUCUAACUCCACCCGCGGCGACUAUUCAGUCCUUCAAAGACUUUCGACAGAGACUCGACAUCACCAACUCGGUACUUACUCAUGGGUUAUCCUACGGCGACGAUUGCACUUCUCUAAAAGCUUUCGUGACACAGCUGGGCAAGCGCGUCACUUCAGGCGUUGGCGUAAUUGACCCCGAGAAGACCUCCGAUGAUGAACUUCGAGAUAUGCAUGCUGCAGGCAUUUGUGGUCUUCGUGUGAAUCUCUACCACUACCGUGCGAUGGAAGAUGUUGAGCUCCAGAAAAAGACCCUCCGCGCAUAUCUCGACCGGGUCACGCGCCUGUCUUUGCAAUGGAGUUUGACCAUGACAACUAUUCGCACAGAGUUUUGGGACGUUUUGGAGCCAUUUGUGCGAGAGGAGGUCGUUCCUACUACUCGGCCUCUCAUCACGGACCAUUUCGGACUUCUCAAAGCACCCAGCAUGCUCCCAUCCAGAUAUCGAGAUGAUCCUACUAAGCAGCCUGGAUUUGCGCCUAUUAUAAGGCUUGUCAAAGAUGGCCACCUCUACAUCAAAUUAAGCGCUCCAUACCGAGUCAGUGAGCAGAGUCCACGGUAUAAUGACGUAAAGUUUCUUGUGCGGGCUUUCAUUGAUGCAAAUCCUCGUCAAGUUAUAUGGGGUAGCGACUGGCCGCACACUCCGCGGAUGAAGGUGCGGAGUUAUGAGGAGGCGAUGAAAGAGACGCCCUUUUUGGAGGUGGAUGAUGAGGCUUGGCUUUGGAGCCUCAGGGAAUGGCUGUCGGUGGAAGAGUGGGACAUGGUGAUGGUACAUAAUCCAAAGAGAUUAUUUGGCUGA